ACUCUAUAGGACGGUACUUUUAGUAUUUAGCCGACAAUCCAUCUUUUCAGUUAAAACUUUCCGCUGUGUAAAAUCUCCCUUCAUAUAUGAUAUCUCUUAGCUCUCGUAUGCACUCUCAUUCAACAACAAUUCUAUAUCCAUAGAUGGUUCUUUUUUUCCUUUGAGCCUGAUUUUUCCCCUGCCCUUUUCAACCCUCCAUUUGUUUCCAAAUUAUGGUGCAAUCAAAGAAGUUUAGAGGUGUUAGGCAGCGACACUGGGGCUCCUGGGUGUCUGAAAUUCGCCAUCCUUUAUUAAAGAGAAGGGUAUGGCUAGGAACAUUUGAAACAGCUGAAGAAGCAGCCCGAGCUUAUGACCAAGCAGCCAUCUUAAUGAGUGGAAGGAACGCAAAAACCAACUUCCCCAUAUCACAAACACCAAGUGGAGACCCAAAAGGCACUGAAAAUACCCAUUCAAGGGUACCAUCAAAUGAGCUAUCUGAAAUCCUCCAUGCCAAGCUUAGAAAAUGCAGCAAGGCACCUUCUCCUUCAAUGACUUGUCUGAGGCUUGACACUGAGAAUUCUCAUAUAGGAGUGUGGCAAAAGCGGGCAGGCCAGACCUCAGAAUCCAAUUGGGUAAUGACUGUUGAGCUUGGAAAAGGAAAUACUGAAGUUUCAGCGAAUACGGUGCCUUCCAAUAACCAAGGCUUAACUGGGCCUGAAGUGGGACCAGACAUGGACGAAGAGGAGAGAAUCGCACUACAAAUGAUAGAAGAGCUGCUUAAUAGGAACUGUUCUUCAUUUGAUGAGCAAGAAGGAGAUGGUAACUUGUUGCAGUAGUACCCAUUAAUUCUCUUGGGCUGUUCAUUUGCUUUGGUUUGAAAAGUCAUAUAGUGUGUUGUAUAGGAUAUUAAUAUCAUGUCAGUCAUCGGUGCAUAUAUAAAAAAUAUAUUAAGCAUUCAUGCAGAAAGGAGGGAAGGAUACCAUAAUUAAGAAAUUAAAGUCCGUCAUAUAUAUCACAUAAUUAUAGCUUACAGCUAUAGAAGGCGUCUGGUUUACAUUUGCAAAUGUUGUUUGUGAAAAAGAGAAAUAAUUGAAUCAUAUAUGAAUUCUUUGUCUCGUA